UCUUUUCCUCACUGUUUACUCUCUUCCUGUCUCUCUCUCUACUGUGAUCAGACAGAUUGAAUAAGUCAAUGCAAACCCUCGUAAUUUCCAUCAAAUUCUGGCAAUUUUACAACUAACCAAAGUACACUAAUCUCUUUAACAUCAGAGAUAGAUACCUUCCAAACAGACAGAAUUGGUACGUAAUCUAUUUUUUUUCUUCUUUGAAUCAAAUCUGUUUUUGUUUUGUAAUUGCCAUCAAUCAUGAAUUAUCCAACUAGGAGGAAUUUGUAAACUUUGUUUGAUCCUUUUAAUUCUGAAGGGAUUUUAUUGGAUCAAAAUAAAUAGGUUUGACCCUAAAGGAUCUGGUAUUGGUUUUUUGAUCUUUAGUUUAAUUCCACUCAUGAUAAUUGAGAAGGUAUAAAUUUGGGAAAAUUUUGGGGGAUUUGUAUGAGAUGAGAUGAAUCCGAUAAUACGGAGUAGACCAGACGAAGAAGAGGUUGAAAGAAUGGCAAAUUCUAUAGUGAUAGAUACUUCAUUUAGACUUGUGAAAGUUGUUUCAUAUCUGGUUAUAUUUGUGGCUGGAGCUAUUCUAGGUUUAACAGCAAGUUCACAUGUUAAUCGAUACAUUACGGCUCAAACUGAUUUGUUUUAUGCCAGAGGAUCAGCACCAGCGAUUAGUCCUAAAGAUAAUUGUUUAAAUUGUUCGAUAGUUAGAGUUUUGAAACCAGAUACUUUAACUCAUACAAUGACUGAUGAAGAAUUAUUUUGGAGAGCUUCAAUGGUUCCGCAGAAAGGAGGUUAUCCUUAUAAAAGAACGCCUAAAGUGGCUUUUAUGUUUUUAACUCGCGGACCUUUGCCACUUUCACCGCUGUGGGAAAGAUUUUUUCAAGGCCAUGAAGAGUUGUUUUCGAUUUAUAUUCAUACAGUCCCGGGUUACAAGCUUAAUGUAUCUGAGACAUCUGUUUUCUAUGGGCGCCAAAUUCCUAGUAAGGAUGUUCAAUGGGGAGGAAUUACACUAGCAGACGCAGAGAGACGUCUUUUAGCCAAUGCUUUGCUUGAUUUUGCAAAUGAGCGGUUUGUUCUUCUUUCAGAGAGUUGCAUUCCGGUGUACGACUUCGGUACUGUAUACAAAUACCUCGUUGAUUCUGCCCACAGCUUUGUUGAUUCCUAUGAUGAUCCAAGCCGUUAUGGGCGUGGGCGCUAUCACAGAAACAUGUAUCCCGAUAUCAAACUCCACCAAUGGCGGAAAGGAUCCCAGUGGUUUGAAAUGAACAGGUUCCUGGCUGUGUAUAUAAUCUCUGAUACAAAAUACUACACCAUCUUUAGUAAGCACUGCCAUCCGUCUUGCUAUCCUGAUGAACAUUACGUGCCUACUUACCUGAAUAUGUUUUUUCAAACUGCAAACUCAAACCGAAGCGUGACUUGGGUAGAUUGGUCAAGAGGAGGCCCGCAUCCAGCAACUUAUGGUGGGUCUGAUAUUACAGAAGGAUUCAUACAGUCUGUAAGGAAUAAUGGUACCAUUUGUUUGUAUAAUUCAGAGAAGACAUCCCUUUGUUACCUGUUUGCGAGAAAGUUUGCGCCAAGUGCAUUGGAGCCACUACUGAAUCUUACUUCAACAGUAAUGAGAUUUUGAAAAUUCCUUCUAUCUUUUUUCCAUAGAAGAUUUUAAUGCUUUUCGUCUUUUGUUCUGUU